AUGUCGGGAAACUCUUCAGGCUCGAAUACAGCACACAACCCUGUUAAUCAUGAUAGCUCCUACCCUUCCCGCAACUCCGAUGAUCCACCCAGAGAACAAGAGGACUGGGAUUCGACACGCCCGGGGGACGAAACAGUGCUCGCGGCAGACCCUUUAGGAGAGGCAUUUGAUGAAUCGAUUUCAUUCAAGCGCAAGCAGAAGGGUCCAGCUCGAUUUGCUCUCUCGAACUUCUUUUCCUCCACCGAAACCACCUCUCACCCACCUCCACAUACCCCUUUUGCAAACAAUAAUGGAACAUCACCAAAUCACACUCCACCACCUGCGACAGCGACGACUGCCAACGGAGGACUAGAUGGGAAUAAGCCUGGCGGACCGUUGGACUGGUACGUCGAGGGCCCUGGCCGACGAGUAGGCUAUGACAACUUAACGGCUAUCGAUUGGAUCUUCGAGUAUACGAAAGAGCGCCAGCGGAUACGUCACCUUUACGCCAGUAACAAAGGUCUUUUAGGCUAUGUCCGCAAAGUUUUAGAUGCCAGUCAUAUCUGGGUUAUCUUAAUAAUAACGGGGAUAGUUGUUGGUGUCAUCGCGGCAUGUAUAGACAUCGCAAGCAAUUGGCUUGGGGAUAUUAAAACUGGCUAUUGUCGUACUGGUGCCGAAGGAGGAAGAUUUUAUUUGAAUAAGAGCUUUUGCUGUUGGGGCUACGAUGAUUUAUCCGAGUGUCAACAUUGGACGCCGUGGCGUAGUGCUUUCCAUGUGAGAUCCAAGAGUAGUGGAUAUGUGGUAGAAUAUAUUUUUUUCGUUAUGUAUUCUAUUCUCUUUGCAACAACCGCAAGCGUGCUCGUCAGAAAGUUUGCUGUAUACGCUAAGCACAGUGGUAUCCCUGAAAUAAAAACCGUCCUUGGUGGUUUCGUAAUCAAGCGAUUCAUGGGCGCUUGGACAUUGUUGGUCAAAUCUCUCGGCCUAUGCCUUGCUGCCGCGUCGGGCCUAUGGCUUGGGAAAGAAGGUCCAUUAGUCCAUGUGGCUUGCUGCUGCGCAAGUUUAAUCAUGAAGCCCUUCCCCAGUCUUAAUCGUAAUGAGGCGAGGAAACGUGAGGUUCUCUCCGCGGCGGCCGCAGCAGGAAUUUCCGUUGCGUUUGGGUCUCCGAUCGGAGACAAGACAAUGUGGCAAAGCUUUGUCUGUGCCAUGGUUGCAGCAGUGACAUUGCAUGCUCUCAACCCCUUUCGGACAGGCAAAAUUGUGCUCUACCAAGUUACGUACAGCCGUGGAUGGCACCGAUUUGAACUUCUUCCGUUUGCUGUACUAGGUAUAUUUGGCGGAUUGUAUGGCGGUCUAUUCAUUAAACUUAACAUGCAAAUCGCUAGAUGGCGAAAAGCGAGGGGCUACUCAUACCCGAUCAUACAAGUGGUCCUUGUAGCACUCAUCAGUGCUCUCAUUAACUUCCCAAACAUAUUCAUGCGAGCUCAGUUGUCUGAGCUUGUAUAUUACCUUUUCGCAGAGUGUGCGAACGUUCCUGACGAUCAGUUCGGGCUUUGCAAAACGGGAUCUGCAUCUUUGGGCGUUAUUGGCCUUCUGCUCCUGGCUGCAGUUCUCGGCUUCUUCCUUACCUCAAUCACCUUCGGCUUAGAUCUCCCGGCGGGCAUCAUUCUUCCUUCGUUGGCGAUAGGCGCACUCUCUGGCAGAGCUCUUGGCAUUGCAUUUGAAAUGUGGCAGAAAGCCCGGCCAGGCUUGUUUCUCUUCCGUAAUUGCGAACCCGACAUUCCAUGCAUUACACCUGGUACAUAUGCUAUAGUUGGGGCAGCAUCUGCCCUCGGAGGGGCAACUAGAAUGACGGUGUCGAUAGUGGUCAUCAUGUUUGAGCUUACCGGUGCUCUUACCUACGUCAUACCAAUUAUGAUUGCUGUGAUGCUCUCCAAAUGGUGUGGAGAUACGUUUGGAAAACGGGGAAUUUACGAGUCAUGGAUUCAUUUAAAUGACUAUCCAUUCAUCGAACAAAAGGACGAUGUUGUCCUUCCUGACGUUCCAGUGAGCCAGGUCAUGACUAGUAUCCAUGACCUUUCGGUCAUCACUGCUGUUGGCCACACAAUCGACUCCCUCUUACAUCUUCUCGAGACAACAAGCUACCGAGGCUUCCCUGUCGUCUCUGACACAUCCAAUCCUAUCCUACUAGGCUAUAUAUCCCGUAACGAACUUAGCUUCGCUCUUAAAUCCGCCACUUCUCGAAGUUCCCGAAACCUAUCUCCAGAAACCCCAGCCUUUUUCGCUCAUCAACCCUUCGCCGAUCCACUUGAAACCCUCGACCUUCGACCUUGGAUGGAUCAAACACCCAUCACACUAAACAGCCGAGCCAGCUUCCUAAUCGUCCUGAAUAUGUUCCAAAGAUUAGGCCUUCGAUAUGUACUCUUUGUAAACAAAGGUGCUCUACAAGGGUUCCUGACGAAGAAGGACGUGUGGUAUAUUAUCGAAGAUGCGCAGAAGCGGAGGGCGCAAGGGCUUAGAGAUAGUGAGAUUGGAGAAGGGAAUACGGAGGAGGAAAGAGGAUUGCUAGGUAAUGAUGAUGGCUAUGAUGACCACCAUCAUAUAAGGACGUUUAGUCCAAUUGAGACAAGACCCUCCCUAUAG